AUGACUGGAACAAAGUGGUUGUCAAAUUAUGAUACCAAUAUUCUUAACUUCUUUAAGCUGGAGCAGAAAAAAAUCAAAAAUCACUCCCUGAAAAAAUGUCAUUGGAAUGGCCCACUGUUGGGAUAUAUGAUGUUAUGUUGUGAAGGAGUAGCAAAUGGCAAUCCUGGAGCUGCAGAAUAUGGUAUAAUUGGUACAGAUCACCAAAGUCAGGUCAUUGGUACCAUUUCUGGAGGUGUUGGUUUAGCUACAAGUUUCAUUGCUGCAGUUGUGUCAGUAAUUUGUGCCACUGAAUGGGCUAUUAAAAUACAAUGUAGCAAGAUUAUUGUUAGAUCUUCUGACAAAACAGUAAUGGAAAAUUUCAGAAAAGGAGUGGUUCCUUGGUAUCUAAGGGCAAGAUGGCUGAAAUCAAUUACCGGGCUGGCUGACAUUCAGUAUGAAGAUUGUUAUAAAGAAAUUAACUUUACAGCUGAAAGCUUAGAAAGGUAUGGAACAAGACUAUCUCAAGGGGUAACUAUCAUUCAAAAUGGGAAGCCAUCUUCUUUAGCUCAGGUUGAAAUGCCUCAUACAACAUAUCACAGAGUUUGA